AUGCAGGCGGAUUUCAACUUAGAUUUCGUUUCUUGGCCUGCAGCAGGUGAUGACAGCCUUUGGACAAAGAAGCAAUGGGGGUUCUUUUGGUCGGGACUUUGGCUUUCGGUCGUAGCCCUCGUCUACAGCUGCGCGGAGCUUUCCAGCCUCAUCGUUCAUUUGGUUUAUGCGCGGUGCAAGCGCUACAGACGUGACUUCCCGGCACAGGAUCAAGAGACCGGAGACGGUGUGAUGCUUCGAUUGAAGGAGGUCUGCUACUGGGUUGCCGCAGCUGUGUGUUUGCUGCUGAUUGUGUUGGUCUUGACAGUGCUGGAGCAGUGGCUCUACUACUCGCGGUUCCACGCCUCCAUGGGGUUUGAGUCGAUGGUCUUGGUGUCUCAGGUUCUGUAUGGGGUGGUUCACAUUCCUUUCGGAGUGCCGCCGCACUUGGCUACCAUCUUGCUCAUGCAGUUUGACCUCGAGCAUCUGGGCUCCACCCGGGAGCAAGUCGCCAGGCGCGAGACUUGCACAGAGGACUCAAUCCUCGACUUCAAGGAGGCCAUCGCUGGCGUGGAGAGGCGCUGGCGAUGUUUUCUGCGAUUGCACGUGGCCAUCGAUUCUCUGAUGCCGCUGAUGUACAUCAUCACAGUCAUCAUCGUGCUGCUGCCCAACCAGGAUCUCGAGCGGCCGUUUGCACAGUUCGUUCUGGUCUGGUCAAUUGGUGCACCUUUGGCGAUGGCAUACCUAUGGCUGCAAGUCCUAUCCCUGGCAAGAUUUAACAAGCAAAUCUUCGAAUGGGCUUUAUCCACUCGGGACAACGAUGUCUACAGAGCGCUUCAACAAAACCAAGAGGGGAUGACGUUUUCGGUGUUCGGCUUCACCAUCACCCUGCAAAGAAUCCGGGUGACCGUCAUCUCCUUUGUUGUCGGUGUGUUGCUCAAGUUUGUGACGCAGAUGGUUAUGGACGCAGCGAAAAAAACGAAACUAAGCGUGUGGGGGUUCCGGGUUCAACUCUUCAUCAGUCCGAUGUUUGGGCUGCGAACCCUCAAUGCCUGGUGCCUCCUUCCCCUUUGGAUUAAUUCCUGGGUUGGCCAACCUCUGGCCCAAAGUGACAUGCCGGAAGGAACAGGUCCACUCAGGAGUUACACAACAGUUAACCCAGUUGUCCUGACUGUCAUCACCAACGGCAGCAAGAGCGACAGUAGUAAGCAGGCUAUCAGAUCACCCAAGGACUACCGGUGUUUUGUUCGACAGGUUCCUUAUCUAGACUGUGCAGCAGAAGAACAUACCGUCUUGGUGAAGGGCGACGUCUCUGAUCAACACCAUGACAUUCAUCAUGGUCACAGCCACCAUGAUCAGCCUAACCCUCCCCAUCGUCGUCUUCAUCUCUUCAUCAUCAGCAACACAGUUUACUUGUCCUAA